CACGCUUCGCGGGUGGAGCUGUCAAUUUUCUCAAAUAAUAAUCUUAUAUCGUAUUUUUGCCUCAUUAUUAACAUAAUAUUUGAUUAAUGUAUUAAUGUGUUAUUUAAUAAUGGUGUAGCAGUAAACAUUUAACAUGAAGUUCGUAUUGAUGACAUUGUUUUCGUUCAUCACGGGUGAUGUUUUCGCAAACCCAGAUGCUAAAAGGCUUUAUGAUGAUUUGCUUAGUAAUUACAAUAGGCUGAUACGACCAGUUGAUAAAAACAACAAUACAGUGCUGGUGAAACUCGGCUUGAGGCUGUCGCAACUGAUUGAUUUGAAUCUUAAAGAUCAAAUUUUGACAACGAACGUAUGGCUGGAGCAUGAAUGGGAAGAUCACAAAUUCAAAUGGGACCCUCUGGAAUACGGCGGGCAGAAGGAGCUUUAUGUGCCGUCUGAACACAUUUGGCUGCCAGAUAUAGUGCUGUAUAAUAAUGCUGAUGGUGAAUACGUGGUGACAACCAUGACGAAGGCAGUACUCCACCACACCGGCAAGGUGCUGUGGACCCCGCCAGCUAUAUUUAAGUCGUCCUGUGAAAUCGAUGUGCGCUACUUCCCGUUUGAUCAGCAGACUUGCUUCUUGAAGUUCGGGUCUUGGAGCUAUGAUGGUGAUCAGAUCGACCUAAAGCAUAUCAACCAAAAGAAAGGUGAUAUGGUAGAAGUCGGUAUUGAUCUGCGUGAGUACUAUCCCUCUGUGGAGUGGGACAUCCUUGGAGUGCCAGCUGAGAGGCACGAAAGGUAUUACCCGUGCUGUCAGGAGCCGUAUCCAGAUAUAUUCUUCAAUAUAACGCUACGAAGAAAAACCUUAUUCUACACGGUCAACUUAAUCGUACCGUGUGUAGGCAUUUCAUACCUCUCCGUUCUUGUUUUCUACCUACCCGCCGAUUCGGGAGAAAAGAUAGCCCUCAGUAUUUCCAUCCUGCUCUCACAAACUAUGUUCUUCCUACUCAUAUCUGAGAUCAUACCGUCUACGUCACUAGCGCUCCCUCUACUGGGAAAAUAUCUCUUGUUCACGAUGUUACUAGUGGGCCUAUCCGUGGUGAUAACUAUAAUAAUUCUGAAUGUCCACUAUCGCAAGCCGAGCACGCAUGAAAUGGCGCCCUGGGUUCGGACGUUCUUUAUAACAAUGCUUCCAAAGUUGUUGCUGAUGCGUGUGCCAAAAGAUUUGUUGAGGGAUUUAGCGGCGCAGAAGAUAAUCGGGCGCGGAAAGAAGAAGAAUAAGUUCAAGGAUGCGUUGGCAGCGGCUGAGCGGUCCAAUUCGAAUGCGUCAAGCCCUGAUUCUUUGAGACAUCACCUGCCUGGAGGUUGCAAUGGACUGCAUUCUACUACUGCUACGAAUAGGUUCAGUGGUCUCGUGGGUGCCUUGGGUAGUCUUGGGGCUGGGUACAACGGUCUCCCAUCUGUCAUGUCUGGCCUCGACGACUCGCUCAGCGACAUCACGCCUCGCAAGAAGUACCCGUUCGAGCUGGAGAAGGCGAUACACAAUGUUAUGUUUAUCCAACAUCACAUGCAGCGGCAGGAUGAGUUUAAUGCGGAAGAUCAGGACUGGGGUUUCGUGGCAAUGGUUCUCGACAGAUUAUUUCUAUGGAUCUUCACCAUCGCGUCCAUAGUUGGAACCUUCGCCAUUCUGUGCGAAGCACCGUCUCUGUAUGACGACACUAAACCAAUAGAUAUGGUGCUGUCAUCGGUUGCCCAACAGCAGUUCUUGCCAGUUGAUAGUGGGGAUUCUUAAUUAGUUUACAUUCAAGAAUACUCAUGUAUCUCAUGUUAGCGUCUACCUAGACUAUUGGCUAGCCAUUUUUCGCGUAAUAGG